AUGCGGGCCGCGGCUAGCGCUGUCCUUGGCUCGCUGCUCCUCCUCUGCGCCGCGGGCGGGGCGGGGGCGCUCCACGCCCGGGAGCUGUCGGUGGCGUCGCCAGGCAAGCGCCGUGCCGGGCACACGGGCGCGCGGGCGAAAGACGCAAAGGAUGUCGAGGUGAAAGCCGAACAGGAGGCCAACGAGCUCAAAGCCCUGAAGGCGGCUCUCGAGGAACGAAAGGUGGCCCUAAGGAAGGCAGGGCAGACCAAGCUUCAGAUCAACCAGAACCCUAAGGUGGUGAAGAUGGUAGAACGCCUCAAGCUCCUCAAGGCGAAGAAGGCCGACGCCCACACGGUGGACAAACCUGAGGAGGAUGAGAAGAAGGAAGGCGGCGCACAGCCCGUGGUCGAGAAGACCGAGCAGGAUGUCGAGUCAACGGGCGCGAAAAAGGCGGAGAAGCCUGGCGACGAGCUUGGAGCUUUGGGGGCAGCCCUCAUGGAAAAGAAGGCGGCUCUGGCAAAGGCGGGGCAGACCAAGCUUCAGAUCAACCAGAACCCUAAGGUGGUGAAGAUGGUAGAACGCAUCAAGCUCCUCAAGGCGAAGAAGGCGAACGCCCACACGGAGGACAAGGCAGUGAGGGAGAAGAAGGAAGGCGCAACAAAUACCGUUGCCGUAAGCAACGAGUUAGCCGCCCUUGGAGCGGCCCUCAUGGAGAAGAAGGCGGCCCUGACACAGGCUGGGCAGACCAAGCUCCAGGUCAAUCGUAACCCGAAGGUGGUGAAGAUGGUAGAACGUAUCAAGAUCCUCAAGAUGAUGAAGGCCAACCCCCACACGGAGGACAAGCCGGAGGAAGAGAAGACGGAUGCCCUGGGUUUCGCAGAGGCCGGCGGCGAUGCCGAGCACAAGCACCAGAAACACAACGCUCUUCGUGCCAAGAACGCAGCGCAGGACGAGAUCUGGCCAUUCGGGAAGAAAAAGCGCAAGGACAACGCGAGUGCCUCUGCUACUGGUUCUGAGUCUCAGCUGCCAGGCAGCGGUGAGGAGUCUCAGGCCCAGCCGCCCGCAGAAGUGGCGGACUCUGAGACGCAGCCGGCUGCAGCUGCCGCCGAGGAGGCUCAGCCCGAGGCGGACUCGCAGACCCAGCCGAAUCCAGCUGCUGCCGCCGACGCUGAGCCCAAGCAGUCAACAGAAGAGGCGGACUCGGAAGCGCAGCCAGCUCCAGUUGUCGCUGAGGAGUCUGUUACCAAGCAGCCCUCAGUUGACGAGGCGGACUCGCCUGCUGCAACUGCCGCCGAGGAGUCUGAGCCCCAGCAGCCCUCAGACGAGUCUGACUCGGAGUCCCAGCCGGCUCCAGCUGCCCCUGAGGGUGAGGGCGUCUCGUACAAGUUGGAUGUCGCCGAGGCGCCCGAGCCCAAGCAGUCCUCAGAUGAUGCUGAUUCGGAGACACAGCCAGCUCCAGCUGCCGCCGAAGAGCCUGAGACCGAGCAGCCCUCAGACGAGGCGGACUCAGAAGCGCAGCCGGCUACAGCCGCUUCCGAGGAGCCUGAGCCGACGAAGCCCUCAGACGAGGCGGACUCGGAAGCGCAGACGGCUCCAGCCGCUUCCGAGGAGGCUGAGCCCCAGCAGCCCUCAGACGAGUCUGACUCGGAGUCCCAGCCGGCUCCAGCUGCCUCUGAGGGUGAGGGCGUCUCGUACAAGUUGGACGACGCCGAGGCGUCCGAGCCCGAGCAGUCCUCAGACGAGGCGGGCUCGGAGGCGCAGGCGGCUCCGGCCGCCGCCGAGGAGCCCAAGCCCGAGCAGCCCUCCGACGAGGCGGACUCGGCGCCGCAGACGGCUGCAGCUGCCGCCGAGGAGCCCCAGCCACUUUCGGACGACGAUCAGGAGUCGAGCCCGGAGCCCCAGUCGCAGCUGCAGGGGCUCUGGGACGAGGCGGGCACGCAGCCCGGCGCAGAGGCCUCGGCGGCAGCAGCCGCGGAGGCCCCGGCGGCCGCGGAGGAGGCGGAGGCCGCGCCAGCACCGGCCGCGGAGGCGGUGGAGGCCGUCGAGCGCGAGCCCGAGCCGAGCACCACGGCCGCGCAGCUGAAGGCCCAGCUCGAGACGAGCGACGGGGCACCCUUGGCCGCGGUCCACCAUGGGCUGCCCUCGAAGCCCGGGUGCUGGAUGAAGAUGCCCUCCGGGUGCCCGAAGCAGCCCAUGCGCACGCAGGCCUGGCGCCGCGACGCGUGGGCGGAGCAGCAGGGCCUCGGCGAGCCCGGCUGCGCCCGGCGCAAGCAGACGUGGGACAGGUACUGCGGCACCGUCGACGCCAAGAUGCUCUACGUCGCCGCGCCCGCGGCCGACGCGGCACCCGCCGAGGCGGCGGUGCCCGCAGCGGCCGCGGCCGACGCGGCGCCCGCCGAGCCAGCAGCGCCCGCCGCGGCGGCGGCGCCCGCCAAGCUGGUGGCCGUCGCCGAGAACCGGAGCGCGUUCGAGGGCGAGUGGCCGAGGUGGCCCGGGCACGGCGGGGCCGACAAGAAGGCGGCCGAGGCCACCAAGGCCGACACCAUCGCCGCGAUCCCCAAGGCCGCGGGGUGCUACAUGCGCAUGCCCUCUGGCUGUCCGCAGCACCCCCUGAAGACGGACGCGUGGAGGCGC